UCUCUCUCCGUCUUUCUCUUUCUCUUUCCAUCCUACACAUUAUAUAGUAAUCAAUAAAAUGGAAUAACGAAUAAAUCUAUUUGUACCGGAAAUUAUAUCAAAUUAUACUAAUAUGUAAAGUUUUUAACAUUCUAUAUCUAGAUCGCAAAUAUUAAAAUUUUAUUUUUAACAGAGUAUGGAGCAAGAGUAUAUGUACAUUCUUGUAUAUGAAAUUCCAUAAUUAAUAAAAUAAAUAUUAACAAAAAUCGCUGAGUAAAUACUAAAACAAUAUCAUAUCGUGUCAUAUAAUCUAUUUCAAUUUUUUAAUAUGAAAUUGAUAAAAUAUUUCGCAAUUCUCUUCUUUCACGAAGUUUGUGUUGUAUGCAAGGUGAAUGGAACCAAUCGAACGAUCCCACAUUUCUAAUAUGUGCGCAUGCGUAAGGGAUCCACGUUUGACUGUAUACCAUUCUGACAAAGUGUACAGUUGCUGAAAAGUUUUUGUCCGGUUAAUUCCCAUUCAAUUGAAAUUCCUUUUAUUAAUAAUGAAAUCGCUUUUAUUAGUGGGAAUCGUGUUAGCAAUCUUUUGUUCGAGCAGUAAUGCUGAUGAUAAAAAAGGCCCAAAAGUUACAGACAAGGUAUGGUUUGAUAUUAACAUUGAUGGUAAAUAUGAAGGAAGGAUUGAAAUUGGACUGUUUGGAAAAACAGUUCCAAAGACUGUUCAAAACUUCAUAGAAUUAUCUAAAAAACCUCAAGGAGAUGGAUACAAGGGUAGUAAAUUUCAUAGAGUCAUUCGUGAAUUUAUGAUUCAAGGAGGAGAUUUUACAAAAGGAGAUGGAACUGGAGGACGCAGUAUUUAUGGACCUCGCUUUGAAGAUGAAAAUUUCAAAUUGAAACAUUAUGGUGCUGGAUGGUUGUCUAUGGCAAAUGCCGGAAAAGAUACUAAUGGUUCACAAUUCUUUAUUACUGUGAAGCAAACACCAUGGCUUGAUGGUAGACAUGUUGUAUUUGGAAAAAUAAUUAAGGGAAUGGAUGUAGUAAGAAAAAUUGAAAAUGUAAAUACUGAUACCAGAGAUAGACCAACGAAAGAUAUUGUAAUAGCUGAUUGUGGUGCAGAGGUGAUAGCAGAACCUUUCAGUGUAUCAAAGGAAAGUGCUACCGAUUAAACGUAUUUUUAUUUUUAUAAUGAUGAAGGCUAACCAUUUAUAACUGUCAUUAAAAGAAGAAGCUUAUUUACUCUAAUAUGUUUAUAAUUUGUUCACUAAAAAUUGUUCAUUAAAAAUUUAAAAAAAAAUGCAACAUAUUUAUUAUGCAAACUGUUUAGGUUUGUUGUGUAUAUUUACAUAAUUGCUCAAAAAAGUUUUUUACAAAUCUUAUUGUUACAUAUUUACUAUCUAAAAUGCAUUCUAUCAAUUAUGAUCAACUAUUAAAAAUUAUUAUAUAAAAACAUUUGUCCUGAACAGUUUUAGUUAUAACACACAAAAUGAAACAUACACACAUAAGUAGAAAUUUCUUGAACAUAUGGAGUUGAAGAAGCACGAGAUUGUAUGAAAUAGUUUAAUCCAUUAUCUUAUUCCAAUUUUAUAAAACUAUAUACAUAUACUAAAGCGCGCAAUAAAUUUUAUAUACUUAUAAUCACAUUUUUUCAAAUAAGUAAAUAUAACAUUAUUAUAAACAUAA